AUGAUGGAAAACGGGACAGAGGGGAAAAACUUCUACAUCCCCAUGAACAACAGGACGGGGCUUGUUAGGAGUCCUUUCGAAUACCCACAGUACUACCUGGGGGACUCAUGGAUGUUCAAGAUGCUCGCCUUCUACAUGUUCUGCCUCAUCUGCACUGGAUUCCCCAUCAACUUCCUGACCCUGAUGGUCACAGCUCAGAACAAGAAGCUCCGGCAACCACUUAACUUCAUCCUGGUCAACUUGGCUGUGGCUGGACUCAUCAUGGUCUGCUUUGGCUUCACCAUCACCUUCAUCACCGCUAUUAAUGGCUACUUCAUUUUUGGACCAACGGGUUGUGCCGUUGAGGGAUUCAUGGCUACUCUUGGAGGUAUGACAAAAGAAGUUUGUAACAAAGUGACUUAAUUAUCCUCUUUAAGACUCCCUGAAAAUGCAACAGUUAAGACUAUUCCUACUGUCAUAACCAGAUGUUUGCUUUUUUAUCUUAAAGGUCAGGUCGCUCUCUGGUCUUUGGUGGUCUUGGCUGUUGAGAGAUACAUCGUUGUCUGCAAACCCAUGGGAAGCUUCAAGUUCAGUGGAACCCAUGCAGGAGUUGGAGUUGUCUUCACCUGGAUCAUGGCCAUGGCUUGUGCUGCCCCCCCACUGGCUGGCUGGUCCAGGUAAUUCAAACAUCGGACAUCUGUUUCCUAUAGAUUAUGUUAAUUCUCAUGAAAAGUUGCAUUUUAGUUUGAGUUAAAAAGUUAUAUUGAUUGAAAUACCUCAACUUUAUGUCAAGCCCAUCCAAAUCGAGCCCAUCCUCCAUUCAUCUUCUCCCAGACUAUCUCCUGACCUAACAGGUGCAGGAGGGCUGGAUUUGCUGUUCUUGGCAGAUGUUGGAUAAACAGAUUGAUUCAGCCUCUCUCUUCCCUUUAGUCUGUAAAGAGCGGUUUCAAAGCUGUAAAUGUCUUUUAUUCAGGCUAAAAUGGAUGAUGGAGGUCAGGCAACGUAGCCACCAAUGAUAGACUUUUACUGUGCAAUAUGCUAAUAUGCUAUCAUUGUUUCCUCUCCCUUACAGAAUAAUGGAAUAACCACUAUAUCUCUGAAAAAUAGCUAAAUGAAUGAAAGCAUAUGCAAAUAUUGUUGCCACAGUGCCAAGCAGCCAUUUGCAAAGUAGUCCAAUGACUCAGCAAAGUUUGGUAUGGGCAUACUGUUGCAACACUCAAAGCUUUAGCUAUAUAUUAUUAGAGUAAUUUGUAUAUAUUAUAAGAAGAGGUAAAGAUAGGUAAAACCAAUGGGCUUCUUUCUCUGGUCACUUGGUGCAUUUUCCUGUCUCUGCAUCAGUGACUAAACUGGAUUUGUCAGAAAGAGAUACUCUGUUGUAACUUUUUGUUCACUAACUUGGGUCCAUUUAGAAAUACUAAAAGCAGUAUUUAAAGACAUAAGUGUAUAUGUACAUGUUGUACUUAAAUGGGGGUAGAUAUUUCCAUUUAUAGAGACCACAUUCAUGAGUCAAAGUGUGGCAGUGAAAGUGAACCUGUAGAUUCAGGUUGGAAUUAUGGUGAAUACAGCUAAAGCUUUCACCCAAAUUUCUGCUGUCAUUUUAAGAUUUCAGUUGCAGCCCAGCAGUCAGAUACAAACAGCUACAUACAUGGUCAAAAUGCUGCUUAAUUUAUACUUUGGCAAAUGCUAAAAAAGCAGGUUGCAUGUACAGUAUAUCUGAAGACUGGAAUUUGUAAAAUAGAAAUAUAUAGAAAAGAAAAAGUUGCAGACAUGCUCUUCAUAAAAAUGUACUUGACAAAUAGUGAAACGUUCCUUUUUCCACAUUGACACUUUUAAAAAAAACUUGAUGUGAAUUUAUGUUAAUGUGCAAGACAAAACUCUGCAACUGCUGUCUUUUUUUGUACAGUACUGAAAUUUUCCUGCUUCUCUUCUCUCACAGGUACAUCCCUGAGGGCCUGCAGUGCUCCUGUGGACCUGACUACUACACCCUGGCUCCAGGCUUCAACAAUGAAUCAUACGUCAUGUACAUGUUCAUCUGCCACUUCAUGGUCCCAGUUGGUACAAUCUUCUUCACCUAUGGAAGCCUGGUGCUGACUGUCAAAGCUGUAAGUCUUAUUCUUGACUGUGCCACAUUUCAAACAAUACACUGUACUGCAUAUUGUUACCAUUAACAGUACUGAUUUAUGUCAGCGGGAUAUAUUAUAUUACUUUGAUUCAAUAGAUUUGAAGAACACUUAAACGUUAUUUUCAUUUCUCAUUGAGUAAAUAUCGUCAUAAUCAUCUUAAUUAUGAAACUUUCCAUUGAUUUGUAUUCUUGUCACAACCAGCAAUUCUUUUUCUUUUUGAUUACUGGUGUUAAAUCCAAACAGUGUGCUAUUCAUAAGGCCGCUGGUUAGGUAUUUCCUUUUCCAAUUAUGAAGAAUCAAAUUAGUGUUUUUUUAUGUGACUAUUUAAUACAUGACACUAGUAUUUUGAAUUUAAUACACCAGUGUGGAACUUUUGGUUUGUGUUGAUUUUGGUGCCCCCUGUGUAUAAAUCAAUAUAGAAUUGGUGUCUCCUGACAAAAAAAUCUACUCUUGAAUGAGUCAAUAGCACCAUUUAUCAAGUAUUUUGCAAAACAAAUGAAAGUGUCUUUGUUAUUUUGAAUGUCUGACAUCAGCAGUGUUAGGGUUCAUGACUUGGUCCGACACCUACCCCUCACCAGCAGUAAAAAUAAUUAUACAGAAAAAGUUUCUCCCCUUUUUUGAUGAACUUGUUUGCGUCCUAAGUUCACCAAGAGACAUUUCAGACCUUUCAAAACCAGCUAGAAAAUCCUCACAGAAACUUUAAGAUAUUUUUGGACAAGACAGCACAGGAAGGCUUUUGUGAUGUGACGGAUUUGUGAUGCACAGAGUACUUGUCUGUCUUGCUAACCUCCUCUCAUCUCUUCUUUUUCAACACACUCCAGGCUGCAGCUCAGCAGCAGGAGUCAGAAUCCACACAGAAAGCUGAGAGGGAGGUCACCAGAAUGUGCGUCCUGAUGGUCCUUGGCUUCUUGGUAGCUUGGACUCCAUAUGCUAGCUAUGCUGCAUGGAUCUUCUUCAACAGGGGAGCUGCUUUCUCAGCCGUAUCCAUGGCUGUCCCUGCCUUCUUCUCCAAGUCCUCAGCAAUCUUCAACCCCAUCAUCUAUGUGCUGAUGAACAAACAGGUCAGUUGGGUACCACACAUAGAGACAUGGCACAUGGCAGCUGUUUUCUUAAGGGGCUUAUAACUGUGUUAAAACCUAGACAGGCUAUUUACAAAGUCAGAGUGUAAUGCUAAUAGCUGAUAAAAACCUCUCUUUCUUAUCCCUUCAGUUCCGUAACUGCAUGCUUAGCACCAUUGGCAUGGGUGGCGCUGUGGAUGAUGAAACCUCAGUAUCUUCCAGCAAGACAGAAGUCUCCUCUGUAUCUCAAGGUUAA